UUUUCGAUCCUUCAUUUGCAUAACUAUCUACAGUAUCCCACUGCUGGCCCAGGGUGAGAACUUCAGUACAUAACAGUAUCGUAACAAGGUUUGGCUUCAGGAUUAAGGGCCGAUGUCCCGAUCAACAAAAAAAGAGUGACGGUAACAUGGGGUAUCGUUUAAGUUCUUAUUUAUUUAUUUCAUAAAAUUUAUCAACCGCUUGAUUGCAGGUAAAACCUCAAAGCGCUUUACAAAAAGAAGAAAAACUGCAAGAUGUUUUUAGCAGGCCCCGGGGGGGGGGGAGGGGAAGUAUGGUGAAGGUGCCUGCAAGACGUUAUUAGGCAGGGAGUUCAAAAGUGUUGGUGCUGCUACACUAAAAUAUCAAAUUCUUACUAAUGAAGAACGGAUAUUAUGUGGAACCUAUAACAGUUCCAGUUCUACAGAUCGCAGCAGUCAUGAGGGAAUAUAUGGAGUAAGGCAGUCUUGCAGGUAGACUGGGAUAAGGGCGAGGGUGGCAGCUGCUUGGUUCAUAUCACGGGCGUAGCCAAGGGAGGGCAGGGGAAAGCUGUUCUCCCCCAUCAAGUAAAUAAAUAAAAAUACUUAACUGACCAGUCACAUCACAUAUUGCUUGGUUGCGCCCCCCCCCAAAUCCUGCCCCUCCCAACAUAAAUCCUGGCUACGCCCAUGGUUCAUAUUCUGUAUAUUUGAGGAAGUAACUCGUUGUUUGUUGUGUGUCAACUACUGGAUAAAUAUUUGCAUUUUGGACAAAUGUUCAGAGCACCUAUGGAGCAGGUGGGUAAUGUGACUCUCCUGUUACGCAUAUCGAAAAACAGAGGGAUGACGCUGGCGUAUGUUUCGAAAGGUCAUAUUGUGGGAUCUGUAACUGCCUUGGACUCUGCUGGUCUCUGCGUGCUGUCCAGCACAAAAUCCUGAAUCUUAAGGCGCCUUCAGAAAGCACUUUCAAUAGCGUGAUGCAUACCUUACCAAUACUGGAGAUAGAUGAUGGCACCUUGGACAAUGUGGAGGCAAGGGAGAAGAAGGCAGUUGGGGGGAAAGGAGAGCCGCGGCCCAUGGAAACCUCCUAUGAGCUGGAACGUCUGCCAUCUCCUAAGAUUGGGCUUAAGAUUCCUCCUCUGAGUAAAGAGAAGACUUUUAACAAGGAUCGCCUCUUUGGUGCUAUCGUGCGGGGGAACCCUGAGGAGCUGGAAGGACUGGGGGACUAUUUGCGAAGAAGUGGCAAAUAUCUUACCAACUCGGAGUACACAGAUGGAGAAACAGGCAAGACCUGCUUGAUGAAGGCCUUGCUGAAUUUAAAAGAUGGGGCAAACCCCACCAUCCCUUUGCUGCUGAAGAUAGACCAGGAGACCAAGAACCCAAGGCCUCUGAUCAACGUAGCUUGUAAGGAUAGCUUCUAUAAAGGCCACACAGCACUCCACAUUGCCAUUGAGGAGAGGAAUCUAGAUCUGAUCAAGCUCCUGGUGGAGAACGGCGCUGAUGUCCAUGCCAAGGCCUGUGGAAAGUUCUUCCACCAGCAGGAGAGAGGGGCCUGCUUCUACUUUGGUGAGCUUCCCCUCUCCUUAGCUGCUUGCACCAACCAGCCAGAAGUGAUCAGGUAUCUCCUGGAUAACCCUCAUCAGAAGGCCAACCUGGCAGAGCGGGAUUCUCUCGGCAACACAGUCCUCCAUGCCUUGGUGAUGGUGGCUGAUGAUGUGGAUGAGAAGAACAGGGAGCUGGUGAUUGAGAUGUACAACAAGAUCCUGAUGCACAGUGCUACGCUCAACCUGAGCCAGAAACUGGAGGAAUUAACCAACAGGGAAGGCUUGAACCCUUUGACCCUGGCCGUCAAGACUGGAAAGAUAGAGAUCUUCAAAAACAUUAUUCACCGUGAAAUCAAAGACCCGCAGUACCGUCACCUUUCGCGGAAGUUCACUGAAUGGACCUACGGGCCUGUCCACAUCUCUCUCUACGACCUGACCUCCAUUGACAGCUAUGAGGAGAACUCUGUGUUGGACAUUCUUGCCUACAGCAGCGAUACUCCGAAGCGGUACGAGAUGGUGGUCCUGGAACCCAUAAACAAGCUUCUUCAAAGCAAAUGGGACUCCUUUGCUGCCAUGAGAUUUUACAUCAGUUUUUUCUCCUAUGUGCUGUUCAUGUCAGUGUUCUCAGCUGUUGCUUAUCACCGGCCUCUGGAGGGGAAGCCUCCUUUUCCAGUGACACUCACUGCUGGAGACGUAUUGAGGCUCAUUGGCCAGAUCAUUGUCUUAACUGGAGGCCUGUAUCUCCUCGUUGAUCAGGCUUUUUACCUGUGGAGAAGACGCCGGUCACUGACAACUCUGCUUCAGGAUGGCUACAUCGAGAUUUUUCUGCUGUUGCAGUCAGUGACCCUGCUGGUUUCGGCAGUGAUGUACCUUGCAGGCCUGGAAGAUUACCUGUCUUGGAUGGUCUUCUCCCUCCUGCUCGGCUGGACAAACCUGCUGUAUUACAUGCGAGGCUUUCAGCAGACCGGGAUCUACGUUGUCAUGAUACACAAGGCUAUCCUGCGGAACCUCAUGCAUUUCCUCAUGGUCUAUGUGAUCUUCCUCUUCAGCUUUUCAACAGCCCUUGUCAUACUUACCGGGGAGCCUCCCCAGCCAGUCCAGAAUGGGUCUUCCCUCGUCAACAGCGAUGGCAAAGACCAAGUCAAGUAUGUUGGGCUGCUACAGACUUCCCUGGAGCUUUUCAAGUUCACCAUUGGGAUGGGGGAGUUGGAGUUCCAACAGAACAUGAGGUUCAGGUACUUUGUGAUGUUCCUCCUGCUCUUCUAUGUCAUCAUGACUUACAUCCUCCUUCUGAACAUGCUGAUUGCCCUGAUGAGCGAGACGGUCACCGACGUCUCUAAAGAUGGUCAAAAGAUCUGGAAGCUGCAGCGAGCAACUGCUAUUAUGGAGUUGGAGAAAAGCUGGGUUUGGCAUUGGCAGAAACCCAAGCGAUCUGGUUGCCAGCUGUCUAUCGGCUCCAAAGACGAGAAAGAUAAGAGAUAUUUUUUCCGAGUAGAAGAGCUAGAUUGGGCUAACUGGAAGAAAGAGGUGGGAGCCCUCAAGGAGGAGCCUGCAGACUCAGACCACAACGAGACAGUGUCAAAAGGGAAGCGCCUGUUGAACCGAAUGUCUCAGGGGGUGAGGGCACGAUUCACGAUGCCGGAGGUGGCGGAGGAACAGAUGCCGCUGCAAGACGGAAGCCACUGAGGGAGAGAAACACCAGGAGGGCGUGAUGGAUUGCUCAGACUACGUGAACGCCCACCUCCAGCUAUGCUCCUUCAAUGGCCUGAGAGCAAUCUGACCACGGCAACAACAAAACAAAUCACUGUUAAGGACCACGCAUCAUGCCUUUUACAGGCUGGGUGUUUUUUUAUUUAUUUAUACAUUUUUAUUAGUUUUUUAACAUCUCAUUUCCAACAAUCAUUUAACAUAAAUUCUUAUCUUAUACAAUAUUUU